UUAUAUCUAUAUAGUUGGGAAUUACUAGUACUCAAAUGCGGACCCAAAUCACGAAUAGGCAUUAAGUCGAUUACGUACGUAGAGCUAGCCCGAAUAUGUAUCCCACAGCUCCUGACCAUGAGAAAUAUGCAGGUCAUGAUCAUGAUCACCAUGUUCCAGGUCAUGAGGUUCCAGCUUUGAGUCCUCAUGGUGUAGCAAGAGUCUAUGCUCCUCCAUAUGUAGUCAGUACGGGGCACUCUGCUCGUCACGUAGGAGGGGAGUGGUCAACUGGUCUUUGCCAUUGUUGUGAUGAUCCUCCAAAUUGUAUGAUCACUUGCUUUUGCCCUUGCAUCACCUUCGGCCAGAUAGCUGAGAUAGUGGAUCAAGGUUCCUCAUCUUGUGCUCAACAAGGAACGUGUUAUGGGAUUCUUCUUGCAACUACUGUUCUUGCUUGCUUAUACUCGUGUUUCUAUCGGUCGAAGUUGAGAGGUCAGUACGACUUGGAAGAAUCACCUUGUGUGGAUUGCCUAGUUCAUUUUUGCUGUCCUGGUUGUGCACUUUGUCAAGAAUACAGAGAGCUCAAGAGUCGUGGUUUUGAUAUGGGAAUAGGUUGGGAAGCCAACUUGGACAGACAAAGGCGAGGAGUUACUCAAGCUCCGGUGGCACCAGGAAUGAUAAGAUAAAAGAGAUCGAUGACGAGAAAAAUUAUGCAGAUGGCACCAGUUCUAGUUCUUGUAAAUUGGUUUUAUGAUAUUCUCUUUCUAUUUGAUGCUGGUUUGGAGAAUUUGCCCUUAUCUGUUCUUGGGUACAUAUUGUGAAAAAAAAAAAAAAAAAAUUAGGGUGGCAUGUUUAAGCUAGCAAAUGAAUGAUUUGAAUAUUAGCUCUCCUACGAUAUAGUGUGUAAAAUUUCCAUUCAUGAAUAACAAACUAAUGUACGUAGUGCUUCCAGCCUACCAUUCACUUUC